AUGAACGAUAUCGACAAUAAAAAAUUCAGGAACAUAAGUGAAAAGGUCCAAGGAAAAUACAUCCCAGUCAUAAAAUUUGGGGGAACAAACAAGUACAUCAAUAAAAGUUACAAAAAUGAUUCCGAUGCAACAAAUAACAUAAGUUUUAUCGGAGAUAGUUUCUGCACAAACAACGCGGAUAUAUAUUAUGAUAACAAAUAUGGAAUUAACAGAGUUUGUUUUUCCCCUCAAGGGAAAUAUGUAGCUGGUUGUGGAUCAAACGGCACAAUUUACAUAUACGACUUGUAUGAAAAUAAGCUACUAUCAAAAAUUUGCACAAAGAUUGACAAUAUUAGAGACCUAACAAUAAGUGAUAAUGACAAAUAUAUAUACGCAUGUGGUGAUAAUAAAAUUAUAGAAAUAUUUGAUUUGUAUGAAAAUAAAAAGAAAAUUAACAAGGAUGUUUCGAAAUAUGUUGAUGUGUCAAUACCUAUUUUAAUUAAGAAUAAAAAUCGCAAAAAGGACAAUUGGUUUAAUACAACAACUGACAAUAAUAAUGAUGCUCAUAGAAAUUGUAGUAAUGGCAGUAAUGACGAAACAGUAGCAGGACUUAAUAUGAACAAGGCGAAGAAGAAAAAGAUGAAUAUGCUUGAUAAUGCCUAUGUCCCAUUCUAUAAAAUUAAACAUAAAAAUUUUACAGAUAACAAAGUUGUAUAUGUCCCAAUAUAUAACUAUAACGACAUGAUUAAAGGUAACAUAAAUAUGGUAGACUUAAAUUGUAUUAAAAUAAGAAAAACAAAUCAAAUUAUAAACAAGUCCCUAUUUCUUAUUAAAGAUGCACAUGAAUAUAGUACCUCCUGCAUAGCAGUACCAAACAUAAGCAACUUCUUAGUAUAUUCAGGAGGGGGAGAUGGAUUAUUAAAAAUUUGGGACAUAAGAAUGAAUUUAUUUGCCUUAAAUAAAAGAAGUAACAAAAAAACUAUUUCUGAUGUCGUAUUUUUAGAUAAUAAAAACCCAUAUGCUUCUAUAUGUUCGCAUGAAGAUGUAUUGACUAGCAUUAAUUUUAACAACACAAUUAAUCAUGAAGGUGCAUUUAAAUUGAGGAGAGCAGAAAGAAAGAAGGAAAUUAAGACAAAACUAGGAAAACAAAAUGAUGUUGACAUUAAAAAUUCAAAAUUGGAAAAUGUAUUACAUAGCUGUAAAGGGGACAAAAUGGGGAUUGAAAAACAUUUCACAGACGAGGGAGAUAGUAGUUCAUCUUUUUCAUCCUCUUGUUCAUCUGUUUCUUACUCCUCCAUAACUUUUGAUUUAACGAAAAAUAAAUUCAACAACAUUCUCAUGACAAGCGGGUAUGAUGGGUAUAUUCGAUUGUACGAUAUAAAUAAUAAUAUUAUAAAAUCUUUUUAUGAUGAGGAAAAAAGCAUCACGCAUUGUAUGUUUAGUUAUAACAACAAAUAUAUCAUUAGCACGAACAAAUCAAAAUAUACUAAAGUUUUUGAUUUUAUUUACUUCAAUAAUAAGAAGAAUGCAAAAAAUAUGGCGACGUACCUUACAAAUUAUAAAUCCUAUUAUUUAAACAAGCAGAAUGAUAAUAACCAAAUGGGACAUGAACUAAAUGAAUAUAGUAAUUGUGGAACAUUUUAUGACGACAAAUUUUCAAAAGAUAUAUAUAACGAUAAAGAGUUUCAUCCAUGCAAUAUUAAGAACAUUUAUGAAGAUAAAGAGUUAGAAGAAAGAAUAAAACAUAUUAAUGAAUUAAACAGAGAAAUAAAUAAGAGUGAGGAGAAGAAACCCUUGGGUAGUAGUGAUGAAGGUAUGAUUGAAAAGAAAAUCGAUUCAGAUGGCACUUAUUCUAAUACAGAUUCAAGUGAUUUUGAUGAAAAUACCAUAAAAACGAAUACAUUUUAUGAGCAUGUUAACAAAAAGUUGGAACCAACAUGGUCCCUCUUUGUAGACAACAUGAAAUAUAUGAAUCUUAUACCGUAUGAUGAAAUAAAUGAAAGCUUAAAGAAAAACCACGAGUAUGUUAAAGAGCAUUAUAAAAAUUUGCAUCGUAAUAUUGACAGUAGUGAUCAUAUUCGUGACUAUAACUGUGAUCAUAAAAAUUUGGAAAAUCAAACUUAUUCAUUGCAAAAGGAUGAAAAAAAUCAAGUUUUGUACUAUGAAUUAUCAGAUAUUAUACAUAAAGAAACGGAAAUUCCAAAAUUUUAUUCCUGUGUAGCUGGGGACAAAUGCAUUAUUCCAUCAAUUGAUACAUAUGCACACGUAUAUGAUAUAUAUACAGGUUUUCAUGUUAAUACUAUAAGUAACCUUUACUUACCAAAUUAUCAUAUUGACCAUUCAUAUUUUGACUCACAUAGCUUAAAUGAGCCAUUUUUUAAAAAGAGACAAUUAUCUUUUUUAACAAGUGCUGACACUUACCCGAAGAACCAGAAUAUUAUUGCAACGUCAAAUGGAUACCCAGAUGGUUCUAUUGUUGUUUGGAUCUUUGCUCCUUUUUAA